UGGAAUGUGAGUGGACGAAUAUAGAAAUUUCAACAUAGUUUGUGUUGAACAAUACGGGAGUGAUGCAGUUAGAAUAAUAAUUCAAUAGAUCUGUGCACGUCUGCUCUAAAAUAAAGUUUGUUGGGUGAUGAAAUGAAUGGUAUCUAGUAAGCGACCAUAAGUGUGACUAAGAAAGGUUUAUAUGCGAAUAGGAAUAAAUAAAUCACUGAAAAGAGAUUCCUGCUAGUCGAAGGCGCGAAAAACUCGAAACUAAAAGAACAGAAAAAAUAAACCAAAAUUGCAUGUUUUAUAUUAUAAAAAUAUAUAAUAAUUAAUAUACAUGAUAGUACAGUAAACGUUGAGAUUACAGUUAAAAAAUUGUGUGUUUGUGUUUGUCUGCAGUUGGUCGGACUAAAAGACCAAGGAAAUGCAUUUUUAUGACUGCUGUGAAAGAGUUGAAAAUAUGUAAUUGUUACGAAUGAGAUGAUGUAAACAAUGAAUAAAUAAGAAAUAAUACAACAGCGAAAUAAUAAAGUGGCACCGAAAAACAAAACAUAAGCAGCACAAAAAUAAUUUAAAAAUGGAAGUAGAAAAAAGGCAGCUUGAGCCGAGCAAUUGUAGUGGAGAUGCAGGAAUAACUAAUGUUUCUCUAAUGGCAACAAAUUCCGUAGAUAAAUCAGAUAUCGAAGUUGCGGAAGAUAUGAACAAAGCUCAAAAUCAUAAAACCCAAACAAAUAAAGAUGAAACAAGUGAUGAAACUGCGAAGAAGCCUACACAUAAUUCAGCUAUCAUAACCAAUGAAGAAGAUUCAAUUAAUAAUGAGAAUAUAUCGGUAAAAAAACAAGAAGUCUUAUUAAUAAAAGUCACUGAAAGCAAUGAGUGCUCCAAAACUCCAAAGCUGGAAGGAAGUGCAAAUAAAAUGUGUCUUAAUUUUAAAGAGACCAAAAGUGGAGCAAAUUCAAAUGAUUUAAAUGAAUUUGAGGACUCGCAAGAUGCUGUCGAGGAUGACGAAAGUCAGAAGGAAGAAGCAUCAACAGCUGACGAUGACAACAGUCUUUCGCCCUCAAGACAAUCGCAAUCACCCCCACUUAGAGACACAAAAAUUGCGACAUCAAGUGCAUCCAUUGCUUCGGCAAUUGGGGUAGCGGCUUCCGUAGUUGUGGCAGCAGCCGGUAUAAGAGCUUCUAUUCCAGAUACAAUCUUGUCGCCACCCAAGUCAGAAACACAAACAGAUGAUGCAAACACCGCUACAUCAUCCUCAUCCCCAGCAUCGGAUUCUCAGCUAUCGCCGAUGAUUACCGAAGCCUCUAUUGCGAGCAGUGCAGCACUUACCCCAACUACACCACCAGAAGCACCAGAAAUGUCUGUCUCAAAUAAUAGUGGAGAGUCAACACUGUCUAAGACAGCUACCAAGAGGGGUGCCACCGAUAUUGACCCAGUUGCGGAAGGUGGUGGCAAACGCGUUAUACAACCGAUUAAUCUUGUUGCAAACGGCACCAUACCCAAAUCUAGUGGGAAACCGUUAAUGUCGGCCAUGAAUAAAAAAUUGAAAGAAAAAACUACACGUGCACCACGACAAAGGAAACCAAAACCUACGUUGCCUAUGUACGAAAGCGAGAUAAGCGACAAUAAAACAGGAAUCAAAUUAUGUAUAAAGAAAUCAGAUUCUACGGGCAAUUUGGCUGCUUCAACAGGCAUUUUAGUUCCAACUGUUACGGCGAAAUCGGUAGAGACUGCAGCAACUACUGCACCUAAGCAGACGCGCAAACGUUCCCGCAAAACGAAAUCAAAGGCACGCGUCGAUGACGACGAAAGUGAGCCUGAGGUAACGCCGGUAAAGCGUGGGAAGAAUAAGGCCAGAAAUGCAGAACGUCAGAAGAAAGUCUCUUUUAGUGGCAUCGAAGAACAAGGCGAGAAACAUCGAGCCACAAUUGAGCAAGGCGAUUGGGGCGCACGCAUCCCACAGGAAAUACUCUUUAAGAUUUUUGAAAUUCUAGUUGAUCGUGAAGGUUGUUUGCCAACACUUUGUCGACUUGGUCGUGUUUGUACACUGUGGCGAAAUGUUGCGCUAACGCCAUCAUUGUGGAAAACUAUGGAUCUAUCUACGUGGAUAAAGGACAAAUAUCGCACCGAACUCAAACUAAAAUGGUUUGUAGACAAUCGAUGUAGCGAGUGCACAGAAUUGAACGUUGCCAACUGGAAAAUGUCGGAUAUAAACUGCUUUCUAAACAAAUUGGCGGUCGGUUGUCCAAAUUUAACGAGCAUUACACUGUCAGGUUGGAAAGGUUUCACUUCAGAUCAUUUGGCUUAUUUAGCAGAAAAUAUGCAAAAACUGGAACGCCUUGAUUUGAGUUCUGUUAAUGUGGAAAUGAAUGCGAGUAAGAGCGCAGUGGGCCCACAAUCGCUGUGCAAUGCAUUACAAAUAAUGAAUAAACGUUUAACGCAUCUCUAUUUGGCACAUAAUCGGCUUGCCGGGAUCCCACAAAUAGUCGCUACUUUGGCUACACAUUGCCCCAAUUUGGUGAACUUAGAUCUCUCAAAUGUUACAACACAAGCGACUUCACACGGCAUCUUUCACAUUGAAAAGCUUCAGCAUGGCUGCCCGAAAUUAAAAGUACUACGAGUCACGAAUUCACAUAUAACAUGGGGGAAUGCAACACUGCAAGAAGCGAUGGAUUCGCCAGGUUUCCCAGAGCUCGAGGAACUCUCGGUGGCAGCUUUAACGGAUGAAUGUCGCGUUAUCGGUGAUGACCAUUUGCAGCGCGUAUUGAAAACCAGUUCAAAACUAAAACUCUUGGAUGUGCGCGGUUGCGCACGACUCACACACGAAAGUCUUAUACGCCUACCUGCAUGGGACAUCAAGCAUUUAUUUUUGUCAUUUUGCUCAGUGACACGUGAUGUUGGCUCCGGCCUCGAGUUGAUCGCUUCAAAAUGGGCUCAUAGUCUUAUAGAAUUAGAUUUAGCUUGGGCGAAUGUGCAGCAGCCACUUGACAAUGCAUUACGUGCAUUAGCCGAAAAGGGCAGCGAAUCGCCAUUAGCGCAUUUGAAUCUCUGUGGUUCAUCGGUUUCAGAUGAAGCAGUCAAGGAAAUACUUGCGAACUGUGCGCACAUGAGUUCAAUAAAUCUCUCAUCGUGUCGUGGUUUACCGCGUGGUGUCAAACGUCUCAUGCAAGGUCAGCAAGAGUUACAAGAACUGCGUGAAGUGCUUAAGGUGCAGAUGAAAGUGAAAUUGCCCGCUCAAAUAAAGCAAGAGCAAGAGGAGGAGGAGCGACGGAAGCGCUCCGAACACUGCGUCGCAACUACUGAUGCUGAUAGCGGCGGUGGUGGCAGUAAUGUUCAAUCUAAUUGAAAUAAAGACGUUACAUCACACAAAAUUAAAAAGCAAAACCUGUGCGUUAAUAUGAAAAAAGAAUUAGUAACAAACAAAAAUUAUUUUUAACACAAGGAGUAUAAAUUUGUAGCUUAAACUAAAAUUAUGAACGCGAAGAAUAACUUCAAUUAAUAUUAGAUUUCAUAAUGAAGUAUGACCUUUUCAGUUUAACUAUUAUUAGCACAUUCAAAAGAAGCGCUAAUUGACGAUUAAGCAUUAAAUUACCUGGAUUUAGGUGUUUUCUAGAAACGACACAGUGUGCAAAUCUUCUGCUGCUGGUGGCAGAAAGACAUUAAAUUUACGUAUUUUAGCAUUAAUGCGUGCAAAUUUUUAUAUAUGUAUGUAAU